AUGUUGUUGGUGCUGUUCACUCGGUGGAUGUGGAUCUUGCUAGGGAAGAGCAGCGUCCUUCUGCUUCUGGAGGUCUCUCUGAAAGGGAGAGCCCUACCUCCAAUCCGGUACUCCCACGCUGGAAUAUGCCCCAAUGACAUGAACCCCAACCUGUGGGUCGACGCACAGAGCACUUGCAAGAGGGAGUGCGACGCUGACCUGGAGUGCGAGACCUUUGAGAAGUGCUGCCCCAAUGUCUGUGGAACCAAGAGCUGUGUGGCUGCUCGGUACAUGGACAUCAAGGGGAAAAAGGGGCCUGUGGGGAUGCCCAAAGAGGCGACCUGUGACCGCUUCAUGUGCAUCCAGCAAGGCUCAGAGUGCGACAUCUGGGACGGGCAGCCCAUCUGCAAGUGCAAGGACAGAUGUGAGAAAGAACCAAGCUUUACCUGUGCCUCUGAUGGACUCACCUACUACAACAAGUGCUACAUGGAUGCAGAGGCCUGCAUCAAAGGCAUUACACUCAACGUGGUCACCUGUAGGUACCAUCUCACCUGGCCAAACACCAGCCCUAUCCCCCCAGAAACGACAGCUCGCCCUACCACUGCCUAUUCUGAGACAACAGUCAUUGAUAUCCUGCCACCUGCACUGGUGAACAACCCCGUCCAUCAGUCUGUCUACGUGGGAGAGACUGUCAGCUUCCUCUGCGAUGUUUCAGGGAGACCCAAGCCAGAAAUCACAUGGGAGAAGCAGGUCGAUGGGAAGGACAAAGUCAUCAUGAAGCCAAACCACGUCAGAGGGAAUGUCGUGGUCACCAACAUCGCCCAGCUGGUCAUCUACAAUACGCAGCUGCAGGAUGCAGGAAUCUACACCUGCACGGCCCAGAACACUGGUGGCCUCCUCCGGGCAGAUUUCCCUUUGUCAGUCAUCAGAGGAGAGCCCACAUCCAAGGAAACUUCCCAGAACAAAACACAUUUUCCAACCGAUGAGUGCCUGAAGCAGCCGGACAGUGAAGACUGUGGGGAAGAGCAGACCAGGUGGUACUAUGAUGCCAAGAAAAACAACUGCUUUACUUUCAUCUAUGGGAACUGCAACAGCAACCUCAACCACUUUGAGACCUACGAGAGUUGCAUGCUAACGUGCAUGAACGGCCCCAUCAACAUCUGCAACCUGCCUGCCCUUCAAGGCCACUGCAAGGCCUACGAGCCUAGGUGGGCCUACAACAGCUUGACAAAGCAGUGCCAGUCCUUUAUCUAUGGUGGGUGUGGAGGCAAUGAGAAUAACUUUGAGAGCCGGGAGGCCUGCGAGGAGAUGUGCCCCUUUCCGAAGAACACUCACUGCAAGGCCUGCAAGCCCCGCCAGAAGCUGGUGACCAGCUUCUGCAAAAGCGACUUUGUCAUCCUGGGCCGCAUCACGGAGCUGACUGAAGACCAAGACUCAGGACACGCCCUGGUGACAGUGGAGGAGAUUCUCAAGGAUGACAAAAUGGGAUUAAAAUUCCUGGGGAAGGAACCACUAGAAAUCACGCUUUUGAACAUGGACUGGAGCUGCCCAUGUCCCAACAUGACCACAGUGGAUGGCCAGCUCAUCAUCAUGGGGGAUGUCCACAAUGGCAUGGCCAUCCUGCAGCCAGACAGCUUUGUGGGCACCUCCAGCAUCCGGCGCGUGCGCAAGCUCCGCGAAGUCAUCCACAAGAAAACCUGUGAGCUUUUGAAAGAGUUCCUGGGAUUGCAUUAA